GCCGAUGGACUUAAUUAUCGAGCUCGAACAACGUGUCACCGUUUACGCAAUAGUCUAUGUCAAUUUAACAUUUGUGUAAUUUAGUUGAAAUCUCGUCAGUACAAUGUCGUGCCUUCUAGGAAUUGUUGAUAUUAUUAUUACAAAUAAAAACGCAACAGCCUGGAAUAUAAAUAAAGUUGGAGGAAAACCGGACUGGUAUGGCUCAAAACAGCCUUCAGACAUGUUCUGCAAGUUGUGUGGAAGGAACCAAGUGCUUGUUGUACAACUUUACUGCCCUCUUGAAGGUUCACCUUACCAUAGAACACUCUACAUCUUUGCAUGCACAUAUCAUGCUUGCUGGAAUAAAUCAGAAAGUUGGAUGGUAUACCGAUGUCAAGAGCUAGACAAAGGAGUUACGGCAAAAGUGGAGGAAGCAAGCAAGACUAAGUCCUCAAGACCUCAGCAGGAUGACUGGGGAACAGAUGGGGAUGACUGGGGAGAAGGUACUGAUGAAUGGGGAGAGAACAGUGUGACAGGUGGCAAUGAGAUAGACCAUCUGAUCGCUGAUAUCAAUGAUGGAGCAGGCAGAACAUACCAGCAAGAUGCUAGCUGUUGGAAUAAUGAAGAUACUGAUGACAACUUUGUGGGAGCUGAUGAGUCAGUAGCUGUGGUUGAGCAGUCAGAAAUCAACAAAGAAUAUAAUACUGAAAAUGUUUUAAAUUUACAAGCAAUGUGCAUAGAUGAUAUUGACGUUGAGGCUGAUGCUGCAAAGGCUCUUGAGUGUUCCAAUCAUGUCCUUGCUGAAGAACUGAACAUACAACCCUUGGAUGGAGAGGAUUGCAUCAAAGCUCUGCAAGAACUCCAGGCUGGUUGUCAUGUGGAUAAUACUGCAGCUGAUCAGGCCCAGAUUUGCCCAUAUUUUAUUGAUGUAUUUGAAGAGCCAUUGGAGGGAGUUGAUGAUAUUAAACAUGUUGCUGAAUUGCUGCAAGAGUACCAGAGAAAAGAAGGGGGCAACAUCAAAGAUUUACUUGAUGAAUCUAGCAGCUCAGGGGGUACAGCUGGGGAGAAAUAUGAGAAGACACAUCCCGUGCACAUGGACCAGGACUUCAACAAGUUCAUGAAGACACUUAACAGGUGUCCACAGCAAGUAAUAAGGUACAAGUGGGGUGGAGAGCCCCUCUACAUAAGCAGUGCCAGGGAACAGGGCUCGAGGGGGUGUGGCCACUGUGGGGGCUUGGCAGUGUUUGAGUUGCAGCUUACACCUGCCCUCGUCAAUAGACUCAGGUUCUCUUAUACAACAGGCCCAGCGGUAGAGUUUGGGACAGUGCUUGUAUUCACAUGCAGGGACAGCUGCUGGGAUGGCUCAGCCACAUACAGAACUGAACAGGUGGUGGUCCAGGCAGACCCUGAUCAACAUCUUUUUGCAUGAUGAGAGGGGAUACAAAUAAUAAAAGAAUCCAUUAUUAAGAAUGUGUUGUUG